UUAUUUUCUAAAACUUCUGAAGAGAGAAACUAAAAGGACAGUUAUAAUUUUUAUUAUAAUUGAUGUGUGAACAAAUCUAGCGCAAACGUUUUAAACGGUGCUCAUAUUUUGGUGUAGAUAUUAACACGGCUAUGUGAGUGUCCUCCGAACUAUCCAAUCACAAGCUUCUAAUGCGCAACUCCCACUAGCCAAUCCGAGGAUCCUGUCAUAGAAGGCGGGACUUGUCACAUUACGGCUGAGAAAAAAAAAGAUUCCACCCUCUUAACUUUACUGCUGUAACCAAACAGUAUUCGUCGAGGCAGGCGCCUCACUGGAGUAGAGCAGUUCGCUGAGAUCCGCGUCUCUCACUCCACUGAGGCCAUGAAGAGAAGGCUUCAGAAAAAAUACAUCAUCUUAAUUUUAGGAUACUCCGUGGCGCUACUUUUAAUUCCUUACGUACUAGAUUACCGGAGCAAAUCGCCCCACAUUAAAGAUGGAUACCAGCAACAAAAGUGUCCCGAUCUGGAGAGCACCAUCGCCCUGUGGAGGAGCACCAGAUCUGGCAACUCAACGGAGGUGGAGGACUAUGGCAACAGGAGUCAGUCCAGGACGCACAUAUACCUCCACGCAACCUGGAGGACAGGCUCUUCUUUUUUAGGAGAAUUAUUUAAUCAGCAUCCCGAUGUGUUUUAUUUAUACGAGCCCAUGUGGAAUAUAUGGCAGGCGCUUUAUCCGGGAGAUGCGGGUAGUUUACAAGGAGCAGUGAGAGACAUGAUGAACUCUCUGUUUAGAUGCGAUUUCUCCGUGUUAAAACUCUACGCAGGCUCGUCCAACAUAACCACCUCUUCUAUUUUCGGCUGGAAAACAAACAAGGUCAUUUGUUCCGAGCCUCUCUGCAAAGCGUAUAAAAAACACGAAAUUGGUUUAGUUCAAGGAGACGUUUGUAGCAAAUGCCGGCCCAGAGACCUCAAAGAGCUGGAGAAAGAGUGCAAAAAGUACCCGGUGAUGGUCAUCAAAGACGUGCGAGUUUUAGAUGUGGCGGUUCUGGUUCCCCUCAUGCGAGACCCCGCCAUCAACCUCCAGAUAGUCCAAUUGUUUCGCGACCCCCGGGCCGUGCAUAAUUCUCGGCUGAAGUCUAAGCUAGCGUUGGUAAAAGAGAGCAUUCAAAUGCUGAGGAGCAAGAAGCAGAGCGAUAAAUACAAGCGCCUUCUGGUGCCUAGCAACAGGGUCCACCGUGCAGAGAACUACGUCUCGAGCGCGAUGGAACUAAUAUGCGAUAACUGGCUCAACGACAUGUCGCUCGUAAUGAACGCUCCGCCGUGGGUAAAGAGAAACUACAUGCGGCUGAAAUACGAAGACCUGGUCCUCAGACCCGUGGACGAGCUCCAGAGGCUCUUCCGUUUCUCCAACCUCACCCUUUCUCCGGCCAUGGAGAAGUUUGUGGUGAACAUGACCCACGGACGGGGUUAUUCGUCGGAUAAACCUUUCCUCAUAUCAUCCAGAGAUGCCAAAGAGGCUAUUUACGCCUGGAAGGAAAGGCUGAAUGUGGAGCAGGUGAACCAGGUCGAAGCCUACUGCAGGGAAGUCAUGAGAGAGCUGGGCUAUCAGAAGAGGAACAUGGACAAGACCUUCAACCGCCAAAACAUGAGUUUAUGAAGCCUGAUGUGUUGGAGGAAAAGGAGGACCGAGGGGGAACAGCCGGAUAUGAAGCUACACCAGAAGGUAUGAAACACCGGUGGAGCUGCAUCCUGAGAUCUCCCUCACAGCGAGACGCAGAGUACACGACAGAAGAGAGACACUUACAAACCCAUUGACCUCAAAUAAUACUGACAAGAAUCAUGGAAGAAAAGACUAACAGUAACAAAGAGGAAACACGUUCAGCAGGAGAGAAUGAAAUGGCUAACAAAAGCUCAAUCCUGACUGUGACCCGACUGGCAGAUUUCGUCCUCCGUAAUCCCUGCCCAAUCCCCAGCAGUCCAUGAUCAGACACACAAGACCGAGUCUUUACGUGCACUCGUGCUGUUGCACAUACACUAGACCUGGAGACUGACAUCCCGUUGAGUGUUCGGUUCGCUGGGAGGAUUUCACAAUGAAAACAUUCCUAGUCAUUCCUGUAUUUAUCAACAACCAAUGAAAAGAGGAUUAUGCAUCAAGGGAGCUCCAGUGUCUCCUCCAAAACAAUUAAUGCUGGAACCCUUGAAGCACAAAGUGCAAUUCAAUGAACUGAAGAUGUAGAGGACGGAGAUCGAAUAAAUAAUUUUCCCCAAAGGAGAAUCAGACUUCUCUCCCCUAACUCGCAACACUGCUGCUGGUGUGAAAUUUCCCGGUUCCCUCUGGACAUCACCUGUUUGUUCUUUUUUGUAUGAAGUCUGCACUGCCUGGGCUGUUAGACUGUGCUGAAUGCUGUGUUCGGUUGUGUAUGAAGAGGACAGGAUUGCAAUUUGAAUAGUUAAUAGUUAAAUGGCUGGAAGGUCUCAUCUAAAACAUAAACACACAAUCAUUCUUUAAAGAUACAGGUGUUUUGUGCUCUAGGGGAAAUUCUAGAUGAUUAUCAUUAGUUCAAAGGGACAUCAGAUGCCCAUUUUCCACAAGCUGGUAUGUUUCUUUAGGGUCUUCAUGAACUGUCUGCAACAUACUUCAUCAAAAACAGCUCUGUUCACAAUGACCCUUUUUGGAGCAUGUCUCUUUAAAUGCUAAUGAGCUCUGCUCACCCCGCCCCUCUCUUCCAUGGAAAAGGAAAGGUGAUUUGCAAAUAAUCCCAAAAAUAAUGUUUAGGACUCACUUCUGCUUGAGGUGCAGUUGGAUCAUGAACAGUGGGUACUGGUCCAUCCUUGGGGUUGAACCUUUUAGCAAAACCCGCCUUGAAUUAUUGUCCCUCAUUCAGUAUUUGGAGUCUUUGUUUUCACUACAGCUGCUCAAGUGUGGCGAAAAGAGCGAACAGUGUAUUGGCUGAGCCGGAGAUAUGCUAAUAAUACAGGACAAUCCAUCAGAGGCCAUGGGCGGGGCUUGUACAAUAUGAUGUCAUAUUGCUCAGAAAAUCAAGGUUUUUUGGGGAUUAAACAAGUAGUGAAUGGAUUUCUAUCAUUGUAGGGUAGUUUUGUCCAUACAGUGCUAAAACAUGCGAUCACCAUGUAAAAGUGAAUUUUGCAUCAAUGUCCUCUUUAACAUUGUUUUGUCAUUUUAAACAUUUACUCUAAAUUAACGCGAACCAUCAGAAUUAAUAAAUGAACAAAUGUUAUUUAUAAAAACAACUUGUACAUACAUUUUUGUUGUAAACACUAGUUUUCUUGUUUUAUUAUUAUUCUUAUUAAAUGACAAAAUAAAUCAAAUACCUUUUUUAGGUAUUGCUACUGUAUCCCAAUUUGAUACUUGAUGGCUAUUUUUUUUAUAAAUGUACAAUUGUUAAUCUACAAUCCAUACCAGAGUUUUGUCACAGUGCGGUAUUUGGCAGGCUGUGUGCACCUUUAUGUAUAAUAAUAAUAUUGUCAAUAAUAGUAAUUAUUAUUAUACAUAAUUACACAGAUUCAAAUGGGAAAACUGACCAUUUUGGUGUUUUAAUAUAUCACAGACAAAAAUGGCAUUGAUUAUGGAUUUUUGUUGUUUGUUUAUAUACUGACAUGCAGAACAGCAAGUAAAAGAUGAAUGCUACAAGGAGAGAGUUACAGAUCCUGAAGGUACAAACAAGUCCAGCACAGUAAGUUCAAGGAUCAGACAUGUUAGAAGAGUGACUUCAUAGCCGGAUUACAUGUGAAUUCAGUCUUUUGCUACAGCUGGUUUAAGGUUCUGCUCCUCAAACCACGAUUGCCACGAAGCCCAUGAGGCUCAUUUGCUAGCCAAAAUGCCACAUAGUGCAGAUCUCCUUAAUUCAGGUCAGAUGUUGCACUGUUGUUUCCUCAAACAACUCAAAAAGCCCUGUUAGAAGGAAACAGACAGGCCCAAGUGCAGACAAUUGUAAAGGUCAAUUGAAUGGGAAGAGUGCAAAGUUAGUUUAUUGUGUUGAAUAUAAAUCAGAAUGAAUGAUGACUUAUUUCAAACAUCUGCAAGUUUGUUAUUAACUUGAAUCCUGGACUUCAUUGACUUGUAUUUGUAAAAAAAUUCAUUUCUAGACAGGAAUGAUGGAAGGAAUGUGUAUUUGGCGGUUACUGGCACUAGGCCAUACAUUUACUGUAUUAACAGGUCAACAUCAUGCCAAACACUUCAGAUUCUUGAUUU